CGUCUUCUGUAGGGCCUCGUGCAGGUUUCGUUCCAUCAAGGCGCAUAAUUCGACGUAGAGCGCUUGGUCAAGUUGGAAAGAGGAUUGAUCAAUCGAUCGAGAGAUAGAAGAGACGGCUGUGAGCGCGCGGUCAGCAGCAGAGAGGUCAUUAAAGGAGCUGUGCAGCAGCGUGCCGCAGGAUUAUUCUGUCAAUGCAAACAGGACUCUCGUAUUUGUGGAAUAUCGCGAGGCAAGCAAUAUACAUAUAGUGUCUAUUUUCGCUUUGGAAAGCCUUCGAACAGACGACACAGCACCGCGCACGUUGGCAACACUGGAGUUGAGAGGCCCUCUCUCCCUCUCCUCUCCCAUCUCUCGUCAGCUGUUGGCGCGUUUGCCAAGAAUCGAGCGCGCGCAAGUGUGUACUGUGUCCCUUGGCAGCCGAGGCGGCGGGUCGUCGAUCCGUAGGGAUUUGCUGUGUGUGUGGGAUGCUCUCUAGAUUUCUUCAAACUGCGUGAUACAUCUUCAUUUUUUACCUUUGCAACAGUGUUUCCCCAUGGAAUUUUGACAAUACCAGCAAAGAAUCGAUCAUGUCUAAGAAGAACCUAAAAUCCUCUAGACCUAAAAGGUCCAGGAGCAUAAUCGAGCCCAAUAUACUAAGGAGAAAACGUCGGACCGGACCUACCAUUGAGGAAUACUUAGUACCACUGGAUGAGAGCACAGAUGGUGGCCGUUCCUUGCUUGAUGAUUCUUUUGAAUCAGAAGCUGGAUCAGUGGAAACACAAACACCAAAAAACUAUAGCCACUUCAGAGGCAUUCACUGCCUGCCAACACCCGAGUCGUCCUCCACUAGAGCAUCGCCAUUGCCACAGAUUCCUUGGGCUGACCCAGAGAACGUAUGGGGACUGAUGGUGCGCAAGGACGUCAUCUACGAGCAUAGUGCAGCGGUUCUAAAUCAACACCCAGCGUUGCAGCCAAGGAUGCGCACUAUACUACUUGAUUGGCUAAUCGAGGUUUGUGAGGUGUACAGGCUACACAGAGACACCUACUACCUGGCACAGGAUUUUGUUGACCGUUACCUUACAAAGUCAUCUGAUCUCCCCAAGAGCCAACUUCAGCUGCUUGGUAUCACAGCGCUAUUCCUUGCUGCAAAGAUGGAGGAAAUCUACCCACCAAAACUGACAGAGUUUGCAUACGUCACUGAUGGUGCAUGUCAGGAGAGUGAAAUUCUUGACAAAGAACUCUCUAUUCUCACAGCACUAAACUGGGACCUCACUCCAGUUACAGUGAAUGGCUGGCUCAAUGUGUACCUCCAGGUUGCAGCUGAUAUUGAGAGGAGAGAGUCUGGGAAUGAAGAAGAAAACUUCCUCCACCCAAGGUUUUCCACCUGUGCUUUUGCAAGAGUAGCACAGUUGGUGGAUCUAUGCAUGCUGGACAUAGAGUGUCUCCAAUUCCCAUACAGUAUUGUAGCAGCCACAGCACUACAUCACAUGAUGACGCCGGCUAUUGCGUCGGCUGUUUCAGGUUACAAGACAGUACACCUGCUGGAAUGCAUAGAAUGGAUGGCCCCAUUUGCAGCCGUUGCUCACGAAGAGCUCAAGCACGGGACUCGUCCACAAACUAGGGACAGUCACGAGAUCCAAGUGCAUCAUGUCAACAUCCAGUUAUUGGACAAAGCCUUGUGCCUGAAGAAGGAGUACGGCAGGAACAGCACACCACCGAAGCGAGACAAGACCAUUUCCAGUGGCUUGGGUCUACUAACUCCUCCUCCACCUGAAUAGUAUUCGAUUUUUGGUUCAUGAAUGCCAAUACAUGUGCAACAAGGUUUUUGUGUCUGGUAGUGGCACAGGGUACUGGGCCUGGCCAUGAGACAAGGGGCAUUUGAACUUUUCUAGUCUUGUAGCCUUGGAACUAUUGUGUAUUGCUACGGUACAUGUCAUACAAUGGGCUACAAUUCGCAGUGACUGUGUCAGUCAUUAUUUUGAUACAGCAAGGGGGUGUAGGGAUACGGAAGCAAAUGGGAUGGUACUUGUUUUUACGUGUCAGUUGUGUACACCACAUGUGCCGCUGGCAGUACAUAUUGCACAUCCACAGCUUGAACACUAUUAUUCAGGAAUUAAGUACAUACAUAUAUCUCAAAUGUGCAUGCUUAGUUAAAGCCAGGUACAUAUAGGUGUAACAUUUUUGUGGGCUUCACGAGUGCACUAUUAUUCGAAAGGUGCUAUGAACUCUAUCUUUUCUUUUAUGCUUUUAAGUGGUAGUCUACAAAUGAUUUUAAAGUAAGCAUACUGCAGCUGUAGAUGAUUUUAGUUUGUGAAGACAAAUUUUAUACUCUGGGUUGGAAUAAAUUGAUACCUCCUAUGUUAUAGGGUAUUUGUUAGCCAUCAGCUGUAUUUCACACACACACACAAAAAGAAGGGGGGGAUGAGAGAAAAACAAUUUACCCCAUACCUGCUCACAUAACUCCACUUUAUAGGCCACAAUCUUUCAGGACAUCUUAGCUUAGGUGAAAGAAAGGCAGUUCUUAAUGUUUAAUUCCCUAAUACAAAAGGCUAGCAGUUGUUGCCCAUGCUGCUUGUUGCAUGAAUCAAAAUGUGUUUUAAUGCUGUUUCUUAACUUCCCAAGAGAGCAUUGCACUCGGUCUCAUUUUCAAGCACAUAUGCGAGUGCUUUUAAUGUUAAGCGACGUUCAAACCUCUUAGAACAGUAUAUCUAUGUCUACAUAGUUUUUUCAGUGAUGAAAGAAGUGAAGAAACAUUUCUUUUCGUGGUCGAAGUUAUUGUAUCUUCACUCUGCAAAUCUUUUAUUGCUGUCUAGAUAGUGUUUUAUUCCUCUUCAUUGAAAAUAUCAGACAUAAGGCUGAAAAUUAAAAGUGCUCUGUUAAAUCACACAAGUUUGCCACCAGUCAGUUCAUUGUAGAACUACUUGCAUUCAUAGGAGGCAUUAUGUCGACAACAGUCCAAUAUAUGCAUGUUUUCCCUAUCCAGUCAAGUUAACACCGCGGAGAAGUUCCAGUAUCUCCCAAAACAGAUGCAGAUACAAAACAAUAUCUGGAUGCAGUGUGAUUUGUUAUUAAAGCAGAAUUGCAACAGAAUCUGCAUCAGGCAACAAAAGUAGUUGUGCGAUGUCCUGCUGGCUGCACGUUAAUGUGAAGUAACUCUUAAUUUGUCAGUACCAUACCAGUAGACCAUUACUAUGUUUGACUAUUGGACAGUGUCCCUAUUUGACGUGCCCAACUAGUGCAGCCAGUACAGAAUGCGCUCUAUUUAGACGUGAUAGGAACUACGAUCUUGUCAUGAGUCGCACAAAGUGCCACUGUCUCAAGAACCAAUCAUGUAGUGUUGCGAUGCUCUUUCUACUUUAGUUGGAGGGCGUGGCAAAAUUGCUUCUGAAUGCAUUCUUUUGAUGUGCUAGCUUCAUAUUUUUUGUGACUAUGGUAUGUUUUAAUGCCAGAACACUACUUUUAUGGGUGCAUCUUAUACUAUAUGUAUUUAUUUUAUGUGAGCUGUGUCACUUUUAUGACAUUUUAACUUUACUGUAAAUGUGUGGGAGAUGAGGGGCACAAAGUUCUCAAAAUGACUCUUAAAACUGUGUGUACUGCCUUCACAUGAUUGUAUGCUUGCUGUCAGUGUAACAGGUUUAAAGCACUGCAGUCAGUUAUCUGAGAGGAACCUCCACCAGAGACAUUUGUUCUGCAUAUUAAAUCAGCAAGAAGUACACAUAACCAGUUUGUAUGUGCUCUAGCCAGAUGUUCAAAGAUCUCCAUCUGCACGUUUCAUUGUUAAUGUGCACCAUGAAUUUCUUCAAAUUUUGUUGUACAGAGUUGCAUGGCACUUGUUGCACGUGUGCUGUUGAGUGUAGUAUUUUCCCCUUUAUUGUUGGGAACAAAAAUAGACAGAUUUUUCUUCUUGCUCAGGAUAGACAAGGUUUAAACCUGAAGUACAAAUAUAUAUAUAUAUAUAUUCCUGUCUCACAAAAGCCCACAUCAUCAACAGACUGUUUUAUGGUGCAAUAACAGUUUCUCGUGUUGAGUGAAUGGAGAAUAUAUAUCAAAGCAAUGCCAUAUGCCAUUUAAAAGCCUUUGUCUGAGGCAUGUGUACAUGAGUGAAUGGAAAAAGCAGUGUCAUUCCUUCAGAUGUUGGUGAAAAAGAGAAUGUGCACCACUUUGCAGUUCAGCAUUUCCAUCCCACUAGCUUGUAGUUUGGCUGGCUUUGGUACUUCUGCUCAUGACAUGCUGUAACCUUUCGUAGUGAAAAGUGGAGUAGUUUAUGAAUUAUAUUAAACAUUCAUAGAAGGCUGUGUCAUGGAAAGUGCCAGUACAAUGGAUUUUUAUUAUUUCUGUUCUCUAACAUUGAUCCUGUAGGUGUCUGUAAAUAUACUGUGAUCUCUAAGAUGACAACUUUUUCUUUUACUUAGAAUGCCAUACUGGUCUUCCAGUGUUUUUACACUGAAUGCUUCAAUGCUUUCUAAUGUCAGUCUUUGGUAUUUUGGGGACCAAUUGUUAUGUGGAUGCUGUGAAGAUUCCAAUUCCUCUUCCCAGUCUCUUGCACAUGGCAGUUCAUUGAUGCUGUUGAACACAAUUCUAUGUAAAGUUUCCUUAUUAAAGAUGCAGUCACACAAUGUA